AUGCCGACACGAAUCCCCAAGGAGGAGGACUUCGAGAGUCUUCCCCCAGCUUUGAAGGUCAUCCUGACAUACCCUGAAGUGGCGGAAACCACAACCGCCAUCUUGAUUGUCUUCCACGGGCUUGGGGACGGGGAGGAAAACUUCUCCACCUUCGCCAAGAACACCAAGCUGCCGGGUGUGCUUGCUAUCACGGUCCGCGGUGUGUCACCACUACCACCUGCAUUGCUCGGCCUACCAGAAUCCGAGGCAUCACAACCCGCGAGGCACUUCCAUUGGGGUGAUGACCUAACUAUCACAUCCAGUUCUGGGGAUCUGGAUCCGGAUCCGGGAUAUGCGAAGGCGAAAUCACUAGUCAUGGACGAACUGAUCCGUGGCAUACUGAUCGAGAAAUGUGGUUGGGAGACCAACGACAUUCUGCUUUUUGGUUAUGGCCAAGGAGGUACUCUGGCCCUGGGCCUUGCAUCGAAACUCCGCGACACCGAGAAAGUUGUGGAUGUCACCGAUGGAGACCGGACUCCAGAGACGGCAUUCAAAGGCGUUGUGUCGAUUGGCGGGCCGCUCCCGUCUAGCAUGAUCCCGACGACUAGCAACCGGGAGAAGGCACGGACUCCGGUUUUGAUUUGCCAUGGCAGAGCCAGUGAAUUGGUCGGGGACGAAGAGGUAGAUCUCAUGAAGAACGAAUUCGUCGAUGUGAGGGAAGUGAAGUGGCAAAAGCCUGAGGAUAGAAUGCCCGAGAGCCGGGAAGAAAUGCUCCCUAUCAUGCAAUUCUUCGCUGAGAGGCUAGAUAGGAGCUUUUAG